GUUUCCUUCCUCCGGCGCCUCGGCUCCUUCUCUCUUCUCUGCCUCGUUCUCUCCUCUCGCCGCGCUCUCUUCGGGAUGGACGAUUUCCAGGGGCUCAGCGGAGGACGUCAGCGGAGUCCGCUGCCAUAACAGCCGCGACCAGGGCAGGAGCAUCGCCAGGGCAGGCACCACCCCCCCCCAGGGGGGCAGGGGCAGGGCAGUCCCAUGGGGCGGGGGCAGACCCCCAGGGCCCGGCCCCUGCUGCGGCCCCCCUGCUUGCCCCUCCUGCCCCUGCUCCUCCUCCUCCUCCUCCUGCACCCCCCAGGAGCCCCCGCACAGGGCCCGGCCGCCCUCGGAACGCUAGACCUGCAGAUCGAUGAGGAGCAGCCGGCGGGGACGGUCAUCGGGGACAUCAGCGCGGGGUUGCCCCCUGGGACGGCCAGCUACAUGUACUUCAUCUCCGCCCAGGAGGGCAGCGGCGUGGCCACCGACCUGGACAUCGACGAGAACACGGGCAUCAUCAAGACGGCCCGGGUGCUGGACCGCGAGAGCCGCCCCCACUACAGCUUCAUUGCCGUCACCCCCGAGGGGGCCACCGUAGAGGUGCGGGUGCAAGUGCUGGACAUCAACGACCACGCCCCCGCCUUCCCCCGUCCCCGGGCCACCAUGCGAGUCCCUGAGAACACCCCACCGGGUAGCCACUUCCCCUUGGAGCCGGCCUUUGACGCGGACGGCGGGGCGCUGGGCACCCAGGGCUAUCUGCUCAAAGGCGAAGGAGCCGGCAAGGCCUUCCGGAUGGAGACCCGGCGCGGCCCAGAGGGUGCUCUACAGCCAGAGCUGGUGGUGGCGGGGGCCUUGGACCGGGAGACCCGGGCACGCUACUCACUCCACCUGGAAGCCUUCGAUGGUGGGUCCCCCCCUCGCAGCUCCCAGAUGGCUCUGGAGGUGCAGGUGGAGGACGUCAACGAUAACGCCCCAGCUUUCAACCAAAGCCGCUACCAGGCCCUGAUCCCGGAAAACCUGCAGCCUGGGAGCAGUGUCCUGCGGGUCUUUGCCUCCGACGCGGAUGAGGGAGAGAAUGGCGCCGUAGUGUUCGAGAUCAACCGCAGGCAGAGCGACCCCGAGCGGUACUUCGCCAUCGACGCCGCCACAGGGGUCAUCCGGCUCAAUCGGGGUCUGGACUAUGAGCUGCGGAAGGUGCACGAGCUGGUGGUGCAAGCGCGGGACCGGGCCCUGCACCCGGAGGUCUCCACAGCCUUCGUCACCAUCCAGGUGCGGGACUACAAUGACAACCAGCCCACCAUGACCAUCAUCUUCCUCAGCGAGGACGGCUCCCCACGUGUCUCGGAGGGCGCCCAGCCGGGGCAGUUCGUGGCCCGCAUCUCCGUCUCAGAUCCGGACUACGGGGAGUACGCCAACGUCAACGUCUCGCUGGAGGGUGGCGAGGGCAAGUUUGCGCUCACGACCAAGGACAGCAUCAUCUACCUGAUCUGCGUGGACCAGAUGCUGGACCGGGAGGAGCGGGACGCCUAUGCGCUGCGAGUCACGGCCACCGAUGCUGGGACGCCCCCGCUGCGGGCCGAGUCGGCCUUUGUGCUUCGAGUGACCGAUGUCAAUGACAACCCCCCUUUGUUCGACACCCAGGAGUAUGAGCAGAGCGUCCCCGAGGUGGUCUACCCUGGGAGCUUUGUGCUGCAGGUGACAGCGCGCGACAAGGACCAGGGCCCCAACGGGGAGGUCCGCUACAGCCUCCUGCACACCCAGGAGACCCACUCGCACUGGUUCACCAUAGACGCCGCCACCGGCAUCAUCACGACUGCCUCGGCCCUGGACUACGAGGUGGACCCCCAUCCCCAGCUGACGGUGCUGGCCACGGACCGGGGGAUGCCCCCGCUCUCCUCCACAGCCCUGGUCCGGGUGGCCCUGCAGGACGUCAAUGACAACGAGCCCCUCUUCGAGAGCAGUUUCUACAACGUCUCCCUCAAGGAGGACACCCUCCCCGGCACCUGCUUCCUCCAGAUCACGGCCACAGAUGCCGACAGCGGCUCCCUGGGCUCCCUCUCCUACUCACUGGGGACGGGUCUGGGCACCGCGGCACCAUCUGCCUUCGUCCUGGGAGAAGACAGCGGCCAGCUCUGCACGGCGCGGGAUCUGGACCGUGACGAGGGUACCACUGCCUACGACUUCACCGUCACGGCCAUCGAUGGGGGUGGCCUCAGCUCCAUGGCCUACGUCCGAGUGUUCCUGGAGGACGUCAACGACAACGCGCCCGCCUUCUACCCGCUGGAGUAUGCCACCAGCAUCAGCACCCAGAGCCAGCCAGGGUCCGCCGUCCUGCGUGUCACGGCCCACGACAAGGAUGAUGGGCCCCACGGGCGGGUGACCUACCACCUGGUGGCCGGCAACACGCCACCCCUCUUCACCAUGAACCCCGACACCGGGGCCAUCUCCCUCCUGCGGAGCCUGGCCGGCAAGGCCAAUACACUGGUGCAGCUGGAGAUCGGAGCGCGGGACGGCGGGGGCCUGGUCGCCCAGCCCAAUGCUCAGGUCAACAUCAGCAUCGUGGCCGGGACUGUCUCCGCCCCCAGCUUUGAGCGUGCCCAGUACUACUUCUCCGUCCCCGAGGACACCCGGCUGGGCAGCAGCAUCGGGGCCGUUUAUGCCCACAGCCCCUCAGGUCACGCAGGGGGAGUCUUCUACUCCAUCUCCUCGGGAGACCCGCAAGGCUUCUUCUCCAUCGACCCGCGUUCCGGGAAGCUCCACACCAGCCGUGCCCUGGACCACGAGGCCCAGCCGGCCCUGACCCUGGACGUCCAGGCUCGCAGCGGCUCCCCUCCGGCCUACAGCAGCGCCCGGGUGCAGAUCAGCAUUUCGGAUGUCAAUGACAACGCGCCCGCCUUCCCUGCCCCUUCCGACUCUGUGCUGCUUCCCCUCGGGGCCGCCCUGGGCACGGUGGUGUACACGGUGCAGGCGGAGGACCGGGACAGCGGCACCAACGGGCACGUCCACUUCGAGCUGGCGCCCAAUGGGGCAGGAGCAGCGGCUGCCUUCGCGGUGGAGCAUUCCUCAGGAAAGGUGAGGCUGGCGGGGCCCUUGGCGAGGGAGGCCGGAUCGCCUUUCAAGCUGCUCAUCCUGGCCCAAGACGGAGGCGUCCCCCGGCUCAGCGCCACAUUCACCCUCCUCGUCCACGUCCGGGCGGAGGACGACCACGGCCCCGUCUUCGAUACACUCACCUACCGGGUGGAGGUGCGAGAAGGGGUGCCGGUGGGCACUCGCUUCCUGCAGGUGCGUGCGCUGGCGCAGGAGUCGGGCCCCCAACUCACCUAUCACCUGCGUGCCGAUGGGGACGCCUCCAGCUUUGGCAUCGCACCGGACACGGGCUGGCUGCACAUCCGCAGCGCCCUGGACCGGGAGGUGCAGGAGCUGUACGUGCUGAUGGUGCUGGCCGUGGCGGGUGAGGGCGAGGGGCGCCAGACAGGCAGCAGCACGGUGCGCGUCACUGUCACCGACGAGAAUGACAACAGCCCCCGGCUGAGUGAGGAGCGCUACUUCUUCACCGUGGGCGAGAACCAGCCAGCCGGCAGCAGCGUAGGCCGAGUGGCAGCCAGUGACAGGGACGCCGGGCAGAACAGCCGCCUCACCUUCCGCCUGGUGCCACUCCCAGAAAGCAGCUUCCUGAUCCACACACAGACUGGAGAGCUCAGCAUCGGGAAGAGCUUGGACCGGGAACAGCAAGCCAGCUACCAGCUGCAGGUCCUGGUGCAGGAUGGGGGGACACCGCCACGCAGUGCCACGGGCACCAUCUAUGUUACUGUGCUGGAUGAGAAUGACAACACGCCCAGCUUCCUGCAUGUGGCUGAGGGGCGGGAGCUUCUGGUGCAGGUCCCAGAGGAGAAGCCAGCAGGGCUCCUGGUGGCCUCCUUGCAGGCGAAGGACCCUGACGAGGGCGAGAACGGGACCAUCGCCUACUCACUGGCAGGCACCUGGGCCGAGCGCUUCUUCCUCCAUGCGGCCACCGGGGAGCUACGCACGGCCACCAAGCUCCGUCAGGCUGACCGCGGAGAAUACAUCUUCACGGUGACCGCAAGCGACCGGGGCACGAACCCUCGCAGCGCAACGGCGGUCGUGCGCAUCCAGGUGGUCUCCUCAGGACGUGGGCUUCCUCGGCCAGACGCUGUGGUGCUGACCCUCCAGCCGACUGAGGGGCUCCCGCCCGGCUCCAUCAUUGGUUCCGUAGCCACGGCAGAGCCGAUUCCCCGUGGGCCAGCAACUUACAUGCUGGUGGGGAGCAGCCCUGGGGCCGGAGUCUUCACUGUGGACGCAGAGACGGGGGAGAUCUAUGUGACGCAGGAGCUGGACUACGAGGCCGGUACGAGGCACACUCUGCAAGUGAGCGUGGAGGAUGCUGCACAGGGCUACCCGAGCCAGCGCCUAGUGCUGGUCGAGAUCCACGUUCAGGACCGUAAUGACCAUGCACCCGCCUGGCCGCAGGACCCGGUCACAGUGGUGGUGUCCGAGAGCGCGGCCCCCGGUUUCUCCCUCUUCACGUUCCAGGCGCUGGACAAGGACGGCCCGGGCCCCAACAGCCAGCUGCGCUACAGCCUCUUGCGUCAGGAGGCGGCCCUCCCGCCCUUCCAGCUGGACCCUCGCAGCGGGGAGCUGAGCCUGCAGGGCCUGCUGGACCGGGAGAGCCAGGCCGCCUACCUGCUGGUGGUCCAGGCCACAGACCAGGCCCUCAAUGCCAGCCAGCGCCGCUCGGCAGCCGUCACCGCACACGUCUUUGUCACGGACGAGAACGACAACGCGCCCGAGUUCCUCUCCCCCGCAAAGGCCGACGUCCCUGAAGACCAACCAACCGGCUUCCUGGUGCUGCAAGUGGUGGCCAGGGACCGGGACUUGGGCGAGAACGGCCGGGUCAGCUACGCCCUGCGUGCCGGGAACGCCAAGGGACGCUUCCACCUCAACCCCGGAACAGGGGUGCUGUCCAUCGUGCGGCCGCUGGACCGGGAGGAGGUGUCCCAGCACAACCUGACGGUGGUGGCCACGGACCACGGCUCCCCUCGGCGCUCGGCCACGCAGCUGCUCUCGGUGCACGUGCUGGAUGUGAACGACGAGGCGCCGGCCUUUGAGCGCAGCAGCUACGAGGCCCGAGUGGCCGAGAACCGGCCCUCAGGGGUCCCCGUCCUGCAGCUGCACGCGACGGAUCGCGACCUGGGCACCAAUGGGGAGGUGUUGUACGGAGGGAUCUCCGGGGCAGACUUCUCCAUCGAUCCCCAAACAGGCCUGAUCAGCACCCUCCGCUCUCUGGACCGCGAGGAGCGCGCAGAGCACCUGCUGACCGUGUACGCUCAGGACAAGGGGCUUCCCCCGCGCCAGUCCAGGGCCACCGUGCGUGUGCUGGUGACGGACGAGAACGACCAUGCGCCCGCCUUCCCCAACGAGGCGUACUCCUUGGAGGUGCCAGAGAACCAGGACCACGUGGAGCUGGUCACUCUGCGUGCCACGGACUAUGAUGCGGGGGAGAAUGGCCGGCUGGCUUACCAUCUGGCAGCUGGAGACCCCGAGGAAGACUUUGUCCUGGACCCCGCCUCGGGCAAGCUGUCUGUGGCACGAGGCCUGGACCGGGAACGAGCAGCCAGUUAUGUGCUGGGGGUCCGCGCCUGUGACCACGGCCCCUCGCCUCGCUGUGCAAGCAUGACGGUGAACGUGCGGGUGCUGGACCUCAACGACAACCCACCCGCCUUUGUGCAGGAGGCCUAUGCCAGUGAGGUGCCCGAGGAUCUUCCCGUGGGAGCCCUUGUGCUACAACUUGAGGCCACAGACCCUGACGAGGGUUCCAACGGCCACGUGUCCUACUUCCUGGCCAAUGAGUCCUUGGGCAUGUUUGAGGUGGAGCCACAGACAGGGCGCCUCACCAGCAGGCAGCGGCUGGACCGGGAGCGCAGGGCUGCCUACAGCUUCCUGGCUCUGGCUGUGGACUCCUCCCCACUCACGCCCCGGAGCGCCAUGGCACGCAUCUCCAUCACCGUCCAGGAUGUCAAUGACCACGCGCCCACCUUCCCGCUCAGCCCUCUGGCCGUAACCCUGCCCCGCGACACGCCAUCCAGACGAGCGGUGGCCACUCUGCGGGCUGAGGACCACGACGCCGGGGCCAACGCCUCCAUCCUGUACCGCUUUGCCAGCCCUGCCUCGGCCUUCUCCAUCAACACCUACACGGGGGCCAUUGAGCUGCUGCAGCCCCUGGCCACCCUCAACCAGCGGCAACGCACCUUGUUCAUACUGGCCAGCGACCUGGGCCAGCCGGCGCGGUCCUCCACCGGCGUGGUCACGAUCCACCUGCAAGGGGAGGGCUCCCGCGGUGUGCGCUUCCCACGGAGUACAAGCGAGGUCGCCCUGCCCGAGAACGCUGCUCCAGGGACCACCGUGGUCAACAUCCCGGCCGCACACAGCACUGGCUCCUCUGGCCGCAUCGCCUACAGCAUCGUCAGCGGGAAUGAGAAGGGCGCCUUCCGGAUCCAGCCCAGCUCAGGCCUGGUGACCGUCCACAACUCCAGCGGCCUGGACUUUGAGCAGGGUCCCCGGUUGCGCCUGGUGCUGCAGGCCGAGUCCUCCUCCUCCUUCGGCUUCAUGGCCGUCAACGUCAACCUGCAAGACCUCAACGACAACGCUCCCCGCUUCCAGCUGCAGAACUACAUCGCUUUCAUCUGGGAGGCCCAGGGGUACGACUCACCUGUCAUCCAGGUGAUGGCAGACGACCUGGACCAGGGCCCCAAUGGGCAGGUGACCUACACGAUCGACCAGACACUGCCCAUGAAUGGGCUGUUCCACAUUCACGCCCAGACCGGGGCCAUCACCACGGCAGCCAUCCUGGACAGGGAGAUUUGGGCCCAAACGCGGCUGGUGCUGACCGCGACGGACAGAGGGACUCCUCCGCUGGUGGGCUCAGCCACGCUGACCGUGGUGGUGAUGGACAUCAACGACAACAGCCCCACCAUCCCUGUGCCCUGGGAAGUGCGGGUGCCUGAGAAUGCCUUGUUGGGCACCGAAAUCACCAUGGUGACUGGGAACGAUGUGGACUGUGGGCCGCAGCUGUCCUAUGUGCUCUCACUGGAGAGCAGCACCACCGGGACCUUUGGCAUCCUCCGCUACAGCGGCCGGAUCACUCUGACGGGCCCCCUGGACUACGAGCAGCACAGCCGCUACAGCCUGACCAUCCGCACUUCGGACCUGCAGCACGAGACGGAGGCCAACCUCACGGUGCUGGUGGAGGAUGUGAACGACAAUGCCCCUGCCUUCACCCAGCCCCUGUAUCAGGUGCUGUUGCCAGAACACACUCCAGUGGGAACCUCCAUCCUGAGCCUCAGUGCCACAGACCUCGACUCUGGCACCAAUGGGGAGGUCACUUACCGACUGGCCACGCCAAGCCACACGGUCUCCAUCCACGCCAGCAAUGGCACCCUGUUCACUACUCAACCCCUGCGACUGGAGCCACGGCACUCCACGCUGGACAUCCGGGUUGAGGCCCGGGACCGGGGCCAGCCCAGCCUCUCCUCCUGGGCCACCGUCCAGAUCCAAGUGCUGGACCUGAAUGACCACAGCCCGCAGUUCCUGAAGCCGCACUACAACUCCAGUGUGCCUGAGGACCUGCGCCCCGGCACCACUCUGCUCACCCUGGAAGCAACCGAUGCAGACAUAGCACGGGACAACGCCGCCCUAGACUACACCAUCGUCAGCGGGAAUAGUGGUCAUGCCUUCCAAUUGGAGGGCCGGGCUGGAGGUGCCAGUGCCUUGGUCCUGGUCGAGCCCCUUGACUUUGAGGCUGUGGCUCUCUACAACCUGACAGUGGCUGCGUCCGACCGAGGUGUGCCACAGCACAGUGCCCUGGUGCCCGUCCUCCUUGGUAUUCUGGAUGUCAAUGACAACCCACCGGCCUUUGACCGCUCUGCCUACCACACUGUAGUGAGUGAGACGGCCGCUCCGGGCACAGAGCUCCUGCGGGUGGCUGCCCAUGACCCAGACUCUGGUUCCCACGGCCAGGUGCACUACAGUGUCAGUUCCGGCGACCCCGGGGGACUCUUCCACCUCCACCCAUCCACCGGGGCACUGCGACUGGCUGAGACACUGGACUGCGAGGUCCAGAACCAGCACACGCUGGUUGUUCAAGCCUCAGAUGGGGCGAACGGGCACUUUGCCUUGGCCUCUGUGACCGUUGAAGUGAAAGAUGUAAACGACAACCUCCCAUAUUUCCCGCUCGAGGUCCUGACAGCCAGCGUGAGGGAGAAUCAGCCCCCCGGGAGCCUGGUCACCAGGGUGCGUGCCGUGGAUGCAGAUGUAGGCGCCUUUGGGGUGCUGCGCUACUCCCUGCUCCCCACCCUGGGCUGGCAGGCCUUUGCCCUCAACAGCACCUCCGGGGAGCUCAGCGCCCGCCUCCCCUUCGACUACGAGCGCAGCAAGGCCUCACAGCUGCUGGUACAGGCCACCGACGCAGGGAACGCCUCGGCCACUGCCACUGUGCGUGUCCUGGUGACAGGGGAGGAUGAAUACGACCCAGUCUUCCUCCGCCCCACCUUCAACUUUGAGAUCCCGGAGGGAGCGCGUCGGGGGCAGAGCAUCGGGCAGGUGGUGGCCACCGAUGAGGACGAGGGUCCUGACGGGGUAGUGCUCUACACACUAACCAAGCCUUCCCCUUUCUUUGGGGUCAACCGGACCAGCGGCACCAUCUACCUGCGCAUGGACAGCCAGGGCCCUUCCGGUGGGGCCCCCAAGAGGGAGCCGCGGGAACUGGUGCUGGAAGUCCAGGCCCAUGGGCCUCUGCCAGCCUCUCGCUCAGCUUCUACCCGAGUGACCAUCGACGUCACCCACACCGCCUUUGGCCUGGCCACCGACCUCAAUCUGCUGCUGGUGGUUGCCGUGGCCGCCUCCCUGGGAGUGGUGGUGGUGCUGGCUGCAGUGGCCAUUGUGCUGGUUCUUGUCCGUUCUCGGCAAGGCCGUGGUGGUGGCCGCAAGGAGGUGGGGAAUCCGGCACACUUGCAGGGCGGCUCUUUGCAGAAGUUAGGCCACGGGGAUCCUGUGCUGCCAGGAGGAGACUGCCUCUACCACGAGGCCCUGCCUGGCUACGGCACAGAUGUGGCUGGCCCUUAUGCCACGCGGGGGGGCUCCCUGGACCCCUCCCACUCGAGCGGACGGGGUUCGGCAGAGGCAGCAGAAGACGACGAAAUCCGGAUGAUCAACGAGUGCCCCCGCAUGUCCAGCGUCACCUCUUCCCUGCAGGAGCACAUGGCCGCUCGCGGGCCAGACUCCGGCAUCCAGACCGAUGCCGACCGCCUUUCGGAUGUUUCCUGUGAGCCCGCCACCCUGGACGCUAGCCACUGGUUCAAGAGCCGCAAGGGGCCAGGCCUGCUGCUGCCCGGGCAGUCUUCGCAGCUCUACCGGGAUGAGAGGGGCGGUGGCAGCGGCGGCCCCUACCUGGGCUCUGGUGGCUGCGGACUGAGCGUUUCCUCCUCCGGCAGCGCCGUCAAGGACUACGCCUUCCCCGAGGAUGGGAAGCCCUGCAUGGACGGCUCCCUGACGGCCAUUGUGGCCAGCGAUGAGGAGCUGCGUGGCAGCUACAACUGGGACUACCUCCUCAACUGGUGCCCCCAGUUCCAGCCGCUGGCCAGCGUCUUCACGGAGAUCGCCCGCCUCAAGGAUGAGAACUCCCUGCGGAAGCCCUUCCCGGCCAAGCCCAAGCCCCGCAUCGACCCGCCGCCCCUCAUCACCUCCGUGGCGCACCCAGGGGCCAAGUCAGUGCCGCCCAAGCCGGCUGUGGGGCGGGCCUUCCCGCACCUGUCGGCUGCGUUGCGCCGCUCACCCCUCAGCCAGGAGGGCUCCCUCUCCUCCUCGGCUGCCAUGUCCCCCAGCUUCUCCCCCUCGCUCUCCCCUCUGGCCGCCCGCUCCCCCAUGGUCUCCCCCUUCGGCGUCUCCCAGGGGCCCUCCGCCUCCGCCAUCACCACCGAGGCUGUGGCUGCCGCCAACGAGGAGGGAGAGCUGCGCAUCUAGCGGACCCCUGUGCGCCCGUACUCUCU